AUGUUGAACCCCUCGUCCAACUCUGCGACUACUACUCCAAGGAUCGUCGCACCGCCUUCCUCGCUCGCGAAUUCGGACUGCAGGCCUCACCUGCGUGCCGCCGACGCCGACGAACACAGCGAGGAAACCGAGCCAGAUGACGACGAAGACUUCCCACUCAAUCCAACACUCCUCCUCGCACCGACACUGCAAACCGCCCGUGCUCGCCACUGGCAAGUCCUCCCCUCCCGCACGCAUCCCCUCAUGACGAGUAGAGGUGGCGCAGAGGGCUAUGUGUUUAGUGCUACGCGUGUUUUGCCUGUGGAAGGGCGGGUCGAGGCACGGGGUCAGCAUGGGAAGAAGAAGAGGAAGGUGGAUGUUGAGGCUGAGGGGGAUGCUGGGAUGUAA